AUGGACAUCUUGCGGGGCCUCGCGGGAGAAGGAGACAGUCUCUCGAUGGCCCUCGCGCUGUCUCCCUGCGUCUCUUUGCUGGGGGACCUUCUUUCCCUUUGCGGCCCCACCCCGGCUAUCUGCAAAGUUUUGGCUUUAGUUUGUCUCUCUCAAGAAAACUGCAUCGAGGCCACAGGACAGGGAGUACCCCAGGCAAAAGUGGCCGCCGCCAUAAUUGACGCUCUCACGGGAAUGAUUAAAAGCUCCCAGGAGGCAAUGGAGGUGUGCUGCAACAACUACCACUUCGUGGAUUUGCUGCUGCCGGCGCUGAAAGAAGACGCAGCAGACCCUUUAAUUCUUGCUGCGAGUUGCACGGGCGUCCGAGUGAUCCUGGAGUUUGAACUGCAGCAGCAGCAGCAGCAGCAGCAGCAGCUGCAGCAGCAGCAGCAGCAGCAGCUGCUGCAGUACGUCUCCAGCGAGCUGCAAGGUGCUGCUGCGCUGCUGCAGUACUUGGGCGGCUCCAGCUACAGCCGUUUGUGCGACAGGGCCCAGCGGGCCCUCCAGGACUCAGAUAAGGCGCUGGUGGAUUCUUUUUUGGCAGUUCGAGGGGAAAAAGCAAUAAUAAAUUUGUUGGAAGUUCGAAACGAAGAAGUGGUGCGCGCGGCGGUGGGGUGUACGUACAGACUGACUUCGGAAGUGCUGCAGACUGCAGCAAAAGUGCUGCUGCGGCUGGCCCUUGCAGACCCCCCCAAAGCCCACGCAGUGCUGCUGAAGCCGGUGGUGUCUCUGUUUGGGCCGUGUCUUGCGAGCGAAGAGGGCCUGUCGAUACACCCGAACGGCUUCGAAGUGUCGCUCGAAAGGACUUGGACAGGAAGAGAAAUAAAAGUUUUAUUUUCUUCUCUUUCGGGGGUUUACAAACUAAACCCUAAAAAGAAAAUUGCUUUUCGAAUUGUCAACAGACUCGCGGACCUCCUCCAGGGCUGGCCGGACCUCCCCGACGCACUCAAAGACAUGAGCCUCAGGGUCUGCAGCAGCAGCAGCAGCAGCAGCAGCAGCAGCAGCAGCAGCAGCAGCAGCGGCAGCGGUUGUUGCAGCAGAAGCGCUGCAGCAGCAGCGGGAGCAGAGCAGCAGCAGCAACUGCAGCAGAGUAGCAGAAGGAGCAGCAGCCGUAGAAUAGCAGAAGUAGAGCAGCAGCAGCAGCAGCAGAGUACUAUCUGA